AUGCUUUCUGCACUUCGAACCGUCCGAACUCCGACCAGACGAAUUGCGACACAGCUGCGCACCGCGGCAACACAGCCGCAAAAGCGCGCUGGAGACAUAUCUGAUGCCUUUGUAUCUCUUUCCGGGCAGGAGUUCAAGCCAUUGACGCCCGAAUAUGCAGACCUCAAAGGUCGUCUGAUCGAGGGCCGCGAAAACAAAGUACGAGAGUCUUGGGAGCGCUUACUUCGGGAACUGCGGGAGGAAAUCCCGCUCAUUGCCAAGCUGGGUUCGAAGGUCAUUCCUGAGAUCGACUUCAAGGACAUCGACAACGCGCCGGAGACCUUCAACAGCGAGCUGAGGAAGAGAGGCGUGGCUGUGGUACGGGACGUCGUGUCUGAAGAAGAGGCGCUGCGAUGGAAGGAAGAUUUGCGCGAGUACAUCCGCCAGAAUCCUCAGACCAAGGCGUUUCCUGCCGACAACCCUCAGGUCUUCGAGCUGUAUUGGUCGCGCACACAAGCCCUCGCACGUGGGCACCCAAACAUGCUCAAGACCCAGCGCUUCCUAAUGUCGUACUGGCACAGCGCCAACCCGCGUAUUCCCAUCUCAACGCAGCAUCCCAUAAGCUACGCCGACCGUCUGCGAAUGCGCCUGCCCGGCGACGCCAAGUUCGCCCUGGGACCACACGUGGACGGUGGCAGCGUGGAGCGUUGGGACGAGAAGGGCUAUGGUCUGGGCAAAGUCUUUGAUUCGGUCUGGAAAGGAGAGUGGGAGGACUUUGACCCCUGGGAGAUCAGCUGUCGUCUGCCAGUCAAGUCUGAUCUUCAUCAGGGCGUGGGAGCUUGCAGCGCAUUCCGCAUGUUCCAAGGCUGGUUAUCGCUGAGCACAACCAGUGCGUUUGAGGGCACUCUGCUCGUCAACCCGCUUUUGGCAAAGGCGACAGCGUACUACCUUCUUCGCCCGUUCUUCUCGCCAAAGCGCGGGGUCGAGCAAGGUGCGCAGACAGCUUCUGAAGCAGUCACCAAUUCGACCGACUUCCUCGCCUCAGAUAACUGGCAGUCGGACGCUCAGCCCACACCUUGGGUGCAUGGCGCUACUCCGGGUCACGCUCAGGAGCUGUCGCACCUCCUUCACCCUCACCUCGAGCUCCAGAAAUCAAUGAUCCACAUACCACCCGUCAAGCCUGGUGACUACGUCGCAUGGCACUGCGACACCAUCCAUGCCGUCGACAAGACACACGCGGGAAAGUCAGACUCGAGCGUGCUGUACAUCCCAGCCUGCCCAAUGACCGAAAACAACGCAAACUACCUGGCCCGCCAGCGUGAGGACUUUGUAAACGGGACUCCCAGCCCGGACUUUGGCGGAGGCAUUGGCGAGAGCGAGCACGCUGGGCGUGUCAAGGCUGAAGACCUGCAGCAGCUGGUUAGCGAAGACGGCUGCAGGGCGAUGGGCAUUCAGGCGUGGGACAGCGACGCUGCCGGCAUGAUUCCCGGACAGAGGGUCAUCCUGGACAGGGCGAAUAAGAUACUUGGUUUCUACAAUUAG